AUGGAUCGCAUCAACUCCACCCAUGAGGAGCUUGCGGGCACCAUCCGAUUGUUCGCUGACUCGGACUCGACAUCCUCGGACAAGAUUCUACUGCUUCCUCAGCCCACGGAAUCGCCUAAUGAUCCGUUGAACUGGAGCUAUUGGCGAAGAAUGUGGUCGGCUGCUCUAGUAUUGUACAUCACUGCCCUGACUGCAGCCACAUCCAACAGUGCCGGUGCUGCAGGUACAGCGUUGGUCGAUGAUUAUGGAAUUGGGUGGGGCGUCCAAAACACUGCUGCUGGUGUGCUGUUCCUGGGUAUAGGCUACUCAUGUCUGGCAUUGUCUUCUGCCAAUUGGUUGUACGGCAGACGUAUCUCAUACAUCGUCUGUCUGCUCGCGUCUAUCAUUGGCAGCGCCUGGUUUGCUCGAUCUGACAGCAAGGCGGACACUAUUCUCUGCCAGUUGUUCCUGGGAAUUUCUGAGUCUGUUGCAGAGGCCACUGCACAGCUCUCGUUGUCUGAUGUCACGUUCCAGCACCAGCGUGGCUCUGUUCUGGGAGUGUAUGUGCUUGCGACCUCCGUUGGUACCUUCCUUGGACCUAUGAUCUCUGGCUUUAUCGCCGACAGUCCUCUUGGUUGGCGCUGGAUGGGCUGGUUCGCGUUGAUCAUCUCGGGCUGCACUCUUGUUGUUUUCUACUUUACAUUGGAGGAGACCGCUUUUGACCGCGACAGUAUUCUGGAUGGUUUGGCCACUGGACGAAGCUCCGCCGAGACCGACAUCGACGGAACCAACAGUGAUCAUCAACCGAGGAAAGGCAAUUUGAUUCCUAAUGGAAACGAUUUGGUGCCAAAGUCUUACUGGCAGCGCAUUGCUCUCAUCACUCCUUCACCCACGUUGAUCGGAACCGGAUUUAAACAAUACAUGCGUCGUACAUUCCACACCUUGCGUAUCUUCUACUUCCCAGCCGUCAUCUACUCCGGUCUGCAAUGGGGUAUGCAAGAUGCUUUCCUUUCCUUCUACAUGACCGUCGAGGACGACAACUGGACUUCUGCACCCUACAACUAUGGAGAUCGCGCGGAUGCUAUCAUGUGUAUCCCAACUCUCAUCGGCUCCAUUAUUGGCUGUGUGUACGGAGGUUGGUUCUCUGAUGUAUUCGUGCGAUGGAUGGCAAAACGUCGCAACAAUGUCUCUGAGGCUGAAGAUCGCCUUUGGCUUAUGUACCUACCCGCCAUCAUCUCACCCAUUGGCCUCAUCCUCUUCGGCAUGGGAACUCAGCGCGUCUGGCCGUGGCCAGUACCUUAUGUUGCUCUAGGCUUCAUCGGCUUUGGCUUCGGAUGCGGAGGCGAUCUGACUAUGGCUUACCUCAUGGACUGCUACCCUGAUGCUGUCCUGGAAGGCAUGGUUGGUGUUGCCGUCUACAACAACUCACUUGCUUGCAUCUUUACCUUUGUUUGCUCGAUCUGGCUUGAUGCCCACAGCUUGACGCAGGUUUUUGUCACUCUUGGAUGUGUUAGCUUUGGCGUUAUGUUCCUCGGUACGAUUCUUAUGAUGUGGUUCGGCAAGGCUACUCGCAGGUUGACUGCCAACAAGUACAAGGAAUUCUUGUACAUUCGUGGUUCUGUUUAG